AGAGAGAGAAAGAGAGAGGUGGUUUUGUUUUGUUUGUCCGGUAAUGGCUGCCGCAUUGGUGGUGGUGGCCUCCUCUCCUCUUCUUUUAUUUCGAACGCGACGCCACCCACGCGCCUCCCCCUCCCCCCUGCGGUUUCCCUCUCUUAUUCAAAACCUGUCUCGAUUCUCACUCACUCUCACUCACUCGGACUCCUCACCCGCUAGCUACCCCGGAGCGCGCCGCGCCACCGCUCGACAGCGGCGAGAUGGGCAAGGCGGCGCGGUGGUUCCGCAACAUGUGGGGAGGAGGGAGGAAGGAGCAGAAGGGCGAGGCGCCGGCGAGUGGGGGGAAGAGGUGGAGCUUCGGGAAGUCGUCGAGGGACUCGGCGGAGGCCGCGGCGGCUGCUGCUGCGGCGGCGGCGGAGGCUUCCGGGGGCAAUGCGGCGAUCGCCAGGGCGGCCGAGGCGGCGUGGCUCAGGUCGGUGUACGCCGACACGGAGCGGGAGCAGAGCAAGCACGCCAUCGCCGUCGCCGCGGCCACCGCGGCGGCGGCUGAUGCCGCCGUGGCGGCCGCUCAGGCCGCCGUCGCCGUCGUGCGGCUUACUAGCAAGGGCCGCUCGGCUCCCGUCCUCGCCGCCACCGUCGCCGGCGACACGCGCAGCCUUGCCGCCGCCGCCGUCAGAAUCCAGACGGCAUUCAGAGGCUUCCUGGCGAAGAAGGCGCUGCGAGCGCUCAAGGCGCUGGUGAAGCUGCAGGCGCUGGUGCGCGGCUACCUCGUUCGCCGGCAGGCCGCCGCCACGCUGCAGAGCAUGCAGGCGCUCGUCCGCGCCCAGGCCACUGUCCGCGCCCACCGCAGUGGCGCCGGCGCCGCCGCCAAUCUCCCGCACCUCCACCACGCUCCCUUCUGGCCCCGCCGCUCGCUGCAGGAGAGGUGCGCCGGCGACGACACGAGGAGCGAGCACGGUGUGGCGGCGUACAGCCGGCGGCUGUCGGCGAGCAUCGAGUCGUCGUCGUACGGGUACGACCGGAGCCCCAAGAUCGUGGAGGUGGACACCGGGAGGCCCAAGUCGCGGUCGUCGUCGUCGCGGCGGGCGAGCUCCCCGCUGCUGCUCGACGCCGCUGGGUGCGCGAGCGGCGGCGAGGACUGGUGCGCCAACUCCAUGUCGUCGCCGCUCCCGUGCUACCUCCCCGGCGGCGCGCCGCCGCCCCGCAUCGCCGUCCCGACGUCGCGCCACUUCCCCGACUACGACUGGUGCGCGCUGGAGAAGGCCCGGCCGGCGACGGCGCAGAGCACGCCGCGGUACGCGCACGCGCCGCCGACGCCGACCAAGAGCGUGUGCGGCGGCGGCGGCGGCGGCGGCAUCCACUCGUCGCCGCUCAACUGCCCGAACUACAUGUCCAACACGCAGUCGUUCGAGGCGAAGGUGCGUUCGCAGAGCGCGCCGAAGCAGCGGCCGGAGACCGGCGGCGCCGGCGCCGGCGGCGGCCGGAAGCGGGUGCCGCUGAGCGAGGUGGUGGUGGUGGAGUCCAGGGCGAGCUUGAGCGGCGUGGGCAUGCAGCGCUCGUGCAACCGGGUGCAGGAGGCGUUCAACUUCAAGACGGCCGUCGUCGGCCGCCUCGACCGCUCGUCGGAGUCCGGCGAGAACGACCGCCACGCGUUCUUGCAGAGGAGGUGGUGAUAACGUCAUCCGAGCAAUCCAUGGGAAUGAAUGAGUGAGACGACGAGGAGAGCUUUUUGAGUUGGUAAUUAGAAAUAAGAAUGCGUUUUAAUGUGUUCUUGGGAGCUCUCUCGUUUUUAUUUUUCAUUUUUGUUUCUUUUUUUUUUGCUUUUAAUUUGUGAUCAAUCAUGUGGGUUUCUGUUCUUUUCUGAACUGUUUUUCAUCCUCUUUUUUUGUGUGUGUUAAUGGGUGCCAAACUAGUGUGUAUGAGGAAAAUUUGAUUCAUACUACACUUGGAUGUAAAUUCUUGCUAGCUAUUCUCUCUGUCCCAAAAUGAAACCUAGCUGUUGUCUUGUUA